AUGCCUCUUGCGAUGCCCACUCUGAAGGGUGGCCUUGCCUUCUGCGUCUUGAUUGUUACCGUUCAGCUAUGGUUGCCGGUGCAGUGUACGUCAUUCGACCUGACACUUUACUACGAAGGGCUGUGUCCAGACUGUCACGACUUCUUCCUGGACCAGCUGUGGCCAACCUACAACAAACUGGAAGAGUUCAUGAACGUCGACCUCGUACCAUUCGGGAAAGCGCACAUGACGGUCACCAACCAUACCACUACCUUCGAGUGUCAACACGGUCCUCAAGAGUGCUAUGUCAACACAGUACAGGCAUGCGCCGUCAAGUACGUACACCCUAUCAAGAAGCUUAUCAACUUUGUAGCGUGCAUGUUUCGUCAAGACGACCCUGCUAAGUCGGGUCAGCUGUGCGCUGACAAUGUUGGGACGCACUGGGCAGCUCUGGACAAAUGCAGCGGAGGACCGGAAGGUGAACAACUACUUCGGAAAAUGGGUGAGCGAACGCUUGCACUCAAGCCGCCAAUGAAGUGGGUGCCCUACGUCCAGAUCAACGGUGUACAUGACGACAACAUAGAGAGCUUGGUCGAAACGGAUUUGUUUGGAUUCGCCUGCGAGCUCCUGGAGCCCAGCGCCCCUAAAGUGUGCAAGAAAAAAGUCUCUGGUGGCCGCUGCUUUAUGUGCAAGCCACCUCCUGUGCGGCUGACCAUAUCCGAUCAUGUUGUCACGUAUCUCAAAAAUUAACGGCGUGGUUGCCGAGGCUUCUGUCUUUAUGAGCUCUGAAAUAAAGCAAACAUAUGAGUCAUUUUCCUGUC